GGCUUUGCAUCUGUUGAUCUGACCCGCCUGGAAGUGUCCAGAGGGAGCCCGCUGUCAGCUCUGCUGGACUGAGGACCCCCCAGCUCACCCCAGGCACCUCUUAGCAACGUGAGCAUUCACGCAAGGCGGAGCAAGGAAACACGUGGAACGAAACACCUGACCAGAAUGGAAUAAUUAUUUUCCCGGGAAGCAAAAGGGGGCUCGAGGCGGGGCAAGCUUUUUAAUUUGAAAUCCCCGUGGCUGGACUUUCAGAGGCCAUUAGGCAAGUCCACCCAGACAGACAGAACCUGGCUUGGAACCUGGGGCCUCUGGCUUGCUCAUGACAAGUGGAAGCGCGCCUUUGGCACUCGUUCACAAAUGGCAGAGCGGCAGGUUGAGUGAGAGGCAGAAGCCUCCCAGGUAGACCAGGAACUGGAGAUGUGCGGCAAGCUGGAAGUCAGGAUGAGAAAGCCAAGUUGAGCAGACCUGUUGCGCCAGGCAGGUUCCAGCAACAUGCACUUAAGGAAGCUCUACCGGCACGGACGUUGGGGACUGCAGUUCCUGCUUCUGCUCCUGCUGCUGGGGUGCCUGCUGCUGAUGGUGGCCCUGCUGCCCCCGCCCCCGCAGGCCCUGCAGCAUGCAGGCACAACCCAGGUCUGCGGGCAUAGCCCAGAGGCCGGGUACCGCCUGGACUUUGGGGAGUCCCAGGAAUGGGUGCUGGAGGCUGAGGAUGAGGGCCGAGAGUACGGCCCCCUGGACGGCUUGCCUCCCUGGAUCUCACUGCAGGAGGAUCAACUCCUGGUGGCCGUGGCCGCCCCCAGGGCCAAGAGGAACCAGAGUCAGAGCAGGAGAGGUGGCAGCUACCAGCUCAUCAAGCAGCAGAGCCAGAGGCAGGAGGAGGAGGCCUCUGAGAAGGCCCAGGGGGCAGAAGAGGAGUAUGGGGACAUCUCUGAAGAAGAUGAGCCCACGCCACUCAAUCUGGACCAUCAAAGCUUCAACGAGGUGCUCAGUACCCGCAUGCCCCUGCAGAGGGCCCUGCCUGCAGCGCGCCACCCGCUGUGUCUGCAGCAGCACCCCGGGGACAGCCUGCCCACAGCCAGCGUCAUCAUCUGCUUCCACGACGAAGCUUGGGCCACCUUGCUGAGAACUGUGCACAGCAUCCUGGACACGGCCCCCAGGGCUUUCCUGAAGGAGAUCAUCCUCGUGGACAACCUCAGCCAGCAAGGACAGCUCAAGUCGGCUCUCGGCGAGCAGGUGGCCAGGCUCGAGGGUGUGAGGUUGCUCAGGAGCAGCAAGAGGCUGGGCGCCACCCAGGGCCGGAUGCUGGGCGCCACCAGGGCCACAGGGGACGUGCUGGUCUUCAUGGACUCCCACUGCGAGUGCCAGCCCGGCUGGCUGGAGCCCCUCCUCAGCAGAAUAGCUGGUGACAGGAGUCGGGUGGUGUCUCCGAUCAUCGAUGUGAUUGACUGGAAGGCUUUCCAGUAUUACCCAUCCAAGGACCUGCAACGUGGGGUGUUGGACUGGAAGCUGGAUUCCCACUGGGAGCCUUUGCCAGAGCGUGAAAGGAAGGCCCUCCAGUCUCCCAUCAGCCCGAUCAAGAGCCCUGUGCUGCCGGGCGGGAUCGUGGCGAUGGACAGACGUCACUUCCAAAACACGGGUGCCUAUGACCCUCUCAUGUCACUUCCGGGUGACGAAAACCUCGAACUAUCUCUCAAGGCCUGGCUCUGCGGCGGCUCCGUGGAGAUCAUUCCCUGCUCUCGGGUAGGGUACCUUUAUGGAAAUCGGGAUGCCCACUCACUCCCUGACCAGGAGGCCAUGCUGAGGAACAAGGUCCGGAUUGCUGAGACCUGGCUGGGGUCCUUCAAAGACACCUUCUACAGGCACAGCCCGGAGGCGCUUGCCCUGAGCCAGGCUGAGAAGCCAGACUGCACAGAACGCCUACGGCUGCAAAGGAGACUGGGAUGCCGGAUGUUCCACUGGUUUCUGGCCAACAUCUACCCUGAGCUGUACCCAUCAGAGCACAGGCCUGGGUUCUCUGGAAAGCUCCACAACACUGGGCUUGGCUUCUGUGCAGACUGCCGGACAGAAGGAGACCUCCUGGGCUGCCCCGUGACCCUGGUUCCUUGCAAUGAGAGCCGGCAGCAACAGCACCUGCAGCACACCAGCAGGAAGGAGAUACAGUUUGGCAGCCCACAGCAUCUAUGCUUUGAUGUCAGUGGCGAGCAGGUGAUUCUUCAGAACUGCACGAAGGAAGGCCCGGCCAUCCAGCAGCAGCACUGGGACUUCCAAGAGAAUGGAAUGAUUGUCCACAUCCUUUCUGGGCAGUGCAUGCAGGCUAUGGUGCAGGGAAACAGGAAAGACUUGUAUUUGCGCCAGUGUGAUGGAGAAGCCAGUCAGCUGUGGCGAUAUGACCAAAUCCACCCUGUGGACGAACGGUGAAGACUGGGUGUCAGCAGGAAAAGGGAAUUUGGGCCGUUCUGGUGCAGCUCCUAAGGAACUGAAGGACGUGUUCAUUUUAUGAAGAAGACAUCUCUGCGUUCGUGCAUCUGGUGACGGGAAAGAAUCAAAGAUGUCACUCCUUCUUGCAUCUCAUUUCAUGAACAGUUGGAUGUUUGAAAAGGAAAACGUUGAUUUGUUAGCUCCUUGUCUUCAUCACUGGAAGAUAAUCACUAUAUAAUUCAGAAAGGCCUUCGUUUUUUUUCCCAUUGAAUGCUUAACAAUAGCUUCUACUUCUGACUAGAGAAAGAAGCGUGGGCAUUUGUAGUAACACCUGUAGGAUAAUAGAUCCAAUGGACUCAUUUCUUUGUCUUCAAAUGAUCUUAACUUGGGUUGUUGGUGGGGCCAACCAUGAAAAUUACAGUGUGAAGACUGUCUAGUAGCCUAGCAUCUCAAGUACUUUGGACUAGGUUGAUUAGCAUGAAUGCCAUGCUCAUUGGUAGAGCAAUUGCUUGAGAGAAGAGAGAGUAUGGUUAGAGCAAAGAUGGAAGAGAGCUUUGGCCCAAUUACCCAGCUCAGCCUAGCAGCGGAAAAGCGUCUGUAGACCUGAGACAAGGUGAGACAAGGUAUGAGAAUUUCCUUGACACUUUCUACCUCUGUCUACACUGACCUAGCCUUUCUCUAGCUUAGCUCUUGCUUGUAUUUCUCUUCAAUUCUUAGAGUGGGAAGGAUCAGCCAAGACUGAUCCAGCCCAUUCACAAAAGUGUUUACAGUUAAGAGACUCUGAAUUCCCUGCCACAGGAUUUGUGCUACGGAAUCAUUAAUAGCAACCGUUGCAGGCUGACAUACUUCCCCGAGAAGGACAUUUCAGAGUCUAAGCUAAAAUUCAUAUGAGAAGAAGCAGAGGUCGGUGAAAAUGUCCCUGAAGUAGUAUGUCCAUGGCAGAGCCAUUUCUGUGCCCAUAGGAGCUGCUUGGGACCUCCCAAUGUGCCCAGGGGUUGAACUUCCACAAGUAUGGGAGGAAAGGGGUACGUGGUGGUGUAUCUGACGUCUCGACAAGAGCAGGCGGGGAUGAUGCUCCUGGCUGAGAUCUUGCUUAUCUCGUUCAGGUGUAAGACCUGCCGAGUGGGGUUGACUCUGCUACGCAGAAGAUACCAUUCAUAGAUAUUUCUCUGUAUAUGGUCAGUUUGAACAUCUCCACCUCAACACUGCCUCGGGCUGCUUCAGAACACAGUGUGUUUUUAAUGAGAAAAACUAGGUAGAAAAUGUGGUUUCCAAGCAACCCCUAUCCUAAUUAUGUAGGCAUUCCUUCUCCAUAGGCUUAAGUCUCUGCACUCCUCCUUUCUCAGCACACACUCUUGCGCAGACUUCUGCUGUCCAAUAGGAAAGCCACGUGCCACAGGCAACUAUAUAAAUCAAAAUUCCUUAACAUUAAAAUAAAACAUAAAGCUCGGGACUACAGUUGUAUUGGUCACAUGUCAUGGACUUCCUCGUCACUUUGGGCUACUCUGUUGGACAGUGCAGAUAUAGAACAUCCCGUCACCACAAACAGUUCUAUUGGACCGUGCUGAUCUAAGUAGAUUCCUCAACCACACUUGAGAGACAGAGAGAGAGAGAGAGAUUGAGAUUUUAUCCACUGUUUAUCUCUUUUGGACCUUUCUCGAUUUAAAACAAAUUCCCACAGCAAUCUGAGGCUGCGCUAGAGCUGAAAAUUCUCAGAUGACAACCUUGCAAAGGGUAUUAAUGGUUGAAGAAUAAACAUUAAACAAGACCUCUAUUUUUUUAAUGAAUUGUAUUACUGGCAUUGUGGGUGUUUGCUGUUGUUGGGAUAAAUUAAUAUAAUUAAAUAAAAGACGGAAUUCAAUUGUGUAAGUUGUGUUUGACAGUAAUGAACAGAAGGACCCAGAUGGUUUACUGCU